UAAAGAAAAAAACGCGACCACAGGAGGAGCACGGGCUCGCCUCCUCUGCCUCUCGCGAAGUCCCACGAAGUCAUCGCCGCCGCCGCCGCCACCACCACCACCUACGCCGGCCACUUCCGGCUACCUCCGGCGCUGCGCAGCGCGCGCCCGAGCUCCCCACGGUCGAUACUUCCUUUUUCCAAUGUAUUGCACGGUCGAGGUCUCUACCAAGGAUACCCUCCCUAGGGUGUUCCGCAACUUCGUGGACUGCGUCUGCUCGCCCAACGCCAGUGGAGAUCCGCUGCUGCAACACCUCAAGGAAGCAUCCUGCAACACGGCGCAACGGCCGCAGGAUUGUCCUUCAGGAACUCGGCACCUGGACCUAGGCAGGGCAACGUCGUCUGUGCUAUCCUUGUCAUCCUGGUCCAUGCUUCCUUUUUUCGAAGUCUGCGUGGUCGGGGUCUAUGGCAAGGGCGCCCUCCCUGGGGUAUUCCGCAACUUCAAGGACUGCAUCUGCUCGCCCGACGCCAGUGGAGAUCCGCUGCUGCAACGCGUCAAGGAAGCGUCCUGCACGGCGUAGCGGCCGCGGGGUCAUCCUUCAGGAACUUAGCGUGCGACCUGCUCACCUAGACUUGGUGGGGCAGCGGCGUCUGUGCUAUCCUCGUCAUCCUGGCGAGCCAUACUUUUCCCAUCCAUCUGUUUGGAAACGGAAAAGCUGUAUUACUUCGUUCAUUCGUCUAUCUGGAGGUCCUAGAAAUUGAGGCAUGUUGGAUGCAGUAUUGGCGGCUGGAUUAAUUGUGCUGAGCACCACCAAUGUUUUUCUUGAAAACAUGUUUGCAUGCUUCUGUACAGUUAAAUGAUGUGCUUGCUUGUUACAUAGUUGUUUUUAA